AUGGCCAAUUCAAACUUUCUUGAGACAAUUGCCUCUCCAGAGGGGGCAAAUGUUGAAUACAAUGCCAAUAUUGCAUUUGGCAAAUCGGUGGCUGGUAUAGGCGAGCAGGCCAAGAAUUUGCUUCAAUGCAUAGUACAAGACCGACAGACCAAUGGCACACGACCCAUCAUCUUUAUUGCACACAGUAUGGGUGGAAUUAUUGUCAAGGAAGCCCUUGUAACCGCGUUUUUCAAUGAACAGGCAUACCCUACAAUCUGGACAUUCACUCGCAGCAUUGCCUUUUUUGGUGUGCCACACGGAGGAUCGCAACACGCUGCAUGGGUCAAAUCCAUCAGCCCCAUUAUGGCAUUGUCUCCAGCGAAACUGAACUCGUCGUUUAUAGAAAGUAUUGCUGCAGACUCAGCUUACAACAAAGACCUAAACAACAAAUUCAAGGAUUUAUUUGGAGCAUACAAAAUUCUCAGCUUUUGCGAGACAUUACCACACGGCGAUGUUAGCCUUGGGCUUGUACACAUAAACAAGGUUGUCGACAUAGAUGCAGCGAUACUCGGAUGGCCCGACGAUCUAGAAACCAAACUAUAUAUGAAUCGCGACCACGUGGGUAUUUGCAAAUUUGCAAAUGCUGAAGAGCCGGAAUGGCAAUAG